AUGCACGCCAUGGCGCACCAACACGCCGGAGCGCAUCUUAUGCGCCGGCAACGUGGUGGGGACGACGAUGACGGUCCGGUCGUGGUCGUGACGCAGGUCAUGGUAAUGACUGAAGGAGACGACGCGCCAGAACCAACCGAGAAGCCAGGAAUUGCAUUGCCCGCGCCUGCUACACGUGCUCGUGAGACCACCACUACAGAGGAAGAGGAAGAGCCGGAGGAGACUGCCAAGCCCACAAAGCCUACCACAACCGCAAGGAAGCCGUCUUCGACCCAGGAUUCUGACGAUGAUCUUAUCGUGGAGGAGACCGGCACAACCAAGAGCUCGCUCAAGGUUGCCUCGACCCUUAUGGUAGCAACCAAGUCUCCUACACCGAGCGCCGGUUCAUCAAUCGCAGGUCUCGCAUCUGCUACGGCGGCCACCAUUUCAGCUACCGCUUCUUCUUCUUCGUCGGCCGCCGCAGCAGACUCUGAGGAGGGCAUGUCCACCGGUGCGAAGGCGGGUCUUGCGUUGGGUUUACUCCUUGCCGCAUGUGCCGUACUCACUGGUAUCUUGCUUCUGUACCGUCGCAAGAAGAAGCAAAUGGCUGCAGCAGCCGCACAGGAGAAUGAGAAGACCGAGAUGUACAACGCACCUCACCCACCACCUCCUCAGGUUAUGGCUGGUGCCGCUCCCGCUGCUAGCAUCCGUUCUGCUCGCACUGCUUCGACCGCACCUCGUCUCAGCUUGCGACCAGUUACCCAAUUUGACCCAGCUUUCAACGAGCAGCGAAAGAGCGGAGGAAACUUGCUCAAUGUUGCUGCUGCUGCCGGUGGUGCCGCUGCUUCAUCCCAGAACCGUAACCUCUCACCUUCUGCCUCUGCUGAGCGUCCAACAAGCGCCUGGGAACGACGUGGUGCUGCGAAUGCCCCAGCUGCUGACCCCUUCAAAGACCCUGAGACUCAAUCCGGCCCUCCUUCAGCCAACCCCUUCGGGAACAAUGCCGCGGUCGAUACCCAGCAAGCUUCAAUUCCCGACUCGCCUCCCGAUGCUUCUCCAAUGGCUUCCGCUAUGCACUCCACUCAGCCCAGUACCGACUUUGCCAACCCAGCUCCGGCUAUCGCUGUAGCUGAUGUGAACGCGGUUGCGCUGGCAGGAGUCGCGACCUCGAGCCCACCUCCUAAAUCUGAACUUCCCCCUCCACCACCAGUCGUCGCCAACAAUGCCAGCGUUCCGGCAAGCCCAGCAUGGACCGAGGACAUUCCUGCUUCUCCUGGCCCAGCCCCUACCGGUCCCCCUCCUGUCGCUGGCGCAAUGGCUGGUGCUCGUCCCCAAAGCCCUGCUCCCGGUCCUGGUCCUAACAAUGUACAUCGUGUUCAACUUGACUUCAAGCCUUCCAUGCAAGAUGAACUUGAUCUUCACGCUGGCCAACUCGUUCGCAUGCUCCACGAGUACGAUGACGGCUGGGCCCUCUGCAUUCGUAUGGACCGUUCGCAGCAAGGUGUUGUUCCCCGCACAUGUCUCUCCAAGCACCCAGUCAAGCCUCGUAAUGGCCCGCCUCGUCAAGGCCCUCCACAAGGCAACAUGCGCGGCCCUCCUGUCCGCCCACAGAUGGGUCCCGGUGGUCCUCAGCCCCGUCCUCAGUCUCCAGCCAGUGGUAUGAACUCCCCUGGCAUGCCUCAAGGUAGCCCCGGUCCUCGUCAAAUGUCCCCUCGCCAGAUGUCGCCUCAGCAAACGCAAGGCCCUCGCAUGCGAUCCAACAGCAACGCUCCUCAGCAAGGUGCCCCCCGUGGUCGUUCUAACAGCAAUGCGCCCUACGCCGGUCCACCACGCUCCAUGUCUCCUGGCCCAUACGGCGGCGGACCGCAGAUGGCUCCCCCACCUCAAAUGGGUGGCCGUCCUCGAUCCAACUCCGCGAGCCAGGCCGGUAACCCGCGACGAGGUCCAGCUCCUGGGCCUAGUCCCAUGAACUCCAACGCUAUUUCCCCCAACGGUCCUCUUCCUAUGCCGAGUCGAAAGCCGGUCCCUGGUAUGGCCAUGUAA